AAACUUGGAAAUGAUGACCCAACUUAAGGGGGCUAAGAGGGGGGAAAUCGAAUCGGCGACUUUAAACAGUUUAUUGUGCUUAAAGUCUUAUGAUGUCAGAUUAUCUCUCAGUGCAUUUAAGUUCCAGGUGGCUUUUCUGUUUGUAGCACUGGCAUCGUAAAGUUAGCUAAUUAAUUAUGCAUAAACGUGCAAAAUGGCGAUUUUUACAGGGGGAGCCCGGACCUCCCAGGGAAUUUAAUAUUUUGACCUGACAUUCUGUCACAUAAGCUAACUCCUGAUACCUAACAUUUGUGCCAAGUUUGAGCGAAAUCGGUGAUUUGAGCAUUAUCACCCCCUGCCUGGUUCUGCCUGGUUUUCUCAUGGACACACUCUUAAGAGUCUAAAACUCAGAAGAAUUCUAGACUGCGCGAAAAAUACCCGGUCGCCUUCUUCAGUGCUUUACAAGCUACAUGUUUUGUAUCAGAUUGAACAGGGACCUUUAAAGGAUAGAUAUCUUAGCGUCUACGUUCGUAAAAGCCGCACUGGUGGCAUAAAGUUUCACCUUCGAUCACAGGGUGGGAAAAACAAGCGAUCUCUGCGUCGGCGAAACGGAAAUACAGCUCAGUGCGAUCAGCUUAGUGAAGGUACGAACUGCUCUAAGUGCGGAUUUCAUGGAAUUUGCCUUCAAGGUACCGCGAGGAUUUCAUCUUGGCUUCAAUACGCCUUGAAGACUCAAAGAGAACUUCAAAUCGACAUCCCUGUUAAUCGUGUGCAAUUUCUGGGGGCUCAUAAUGCCUUUAAUAACAGAGCAAGCGGUUAUGGUGAUUUGGACGAUUGCCAAUGGCCGGUGAAAGAUGACGAGGUCUGCAUCUCAGUAGCCAAUCAGGAAUUCAGCUUUACUGACCAGCUCAACAUGGGUGUGCGCCAUCUUGAAAUUGACCUGUGGAAUUGUUUUGGUAAGAUUCGAAUGAGCCAUGGCAACGGGGAUCUUAAAAUAGGCUGCUCGCCAUGGGACAAGGAGUUAACAGAGGGAAUGACUGAAAUAUCGGAAUGGACUCAGAAGCCAAGGAACAGGAAUGAAAUAAUUCAAAUUUACUUCGAUGAUCACACAAACCCUCGAGAUAAAUCGACAAUUAACCAGAUUAUUAGAGACUAUUUUGGAAAUAAGGUGCUGACGCCAAGU